AGCUGAUCCGGGGAAAGAAAAUCGGAAGGAAGGUGCAACUACAUAAACAAGACAGUAUGUGCACAUACUGCGUACACAUUUACGGCGAAUUUAACAUGUUGCAUUUGUUUUUCCCCUGAAAAAUGAACGCGGUUUAACGCAUGGAUAAAUCUUUCCCUGAGAUCUCCGUGGAAAAGGUCUUUCUCUCAGCAUCUCACGGUUACUAUGAUAGCUGUGGAGCGAUCGCGCCUGAAGGUGAAACAAGAGGCUUUUGAUUCAAAAUGACUGCGAGCUCUCGGUGUCGAUGGAGUCUCUGAACGCCGUGGAGCUCCGUGAACUGGGGGAUGGGAGUAGGGGAGAACCUCAUCAGGCCUCUUCAGGACCGCGGACAGCGGCCGGCAUUGAAAACGCAUCGUUCGAAGAUGAGGAACGGGGAACGAGGAUCCGAGUUACUUCCAGAACAACUGGACCUUCAUCACUGCCUGUUCAAAGAGACGUGCCGUCACCGCGUUCCGAAGAGGAACCUGAGCUCGUGUAUCACGACCAUUCGGUGGAUUACGGGUUCAUAUGCGCGCUGAUGUUCCUCGUGAGCGGAAUUAUGUUGGUGACAAUCGCCUAUACGAUUCCCAGAGAGGCUAAAGUCAACCCGGACCAAGUGACAGCGCGCCAAAUGGAGAAACUGGAGAUGUACUAUGCGCAACUCGGUUCUCACCUCGACAAAUGCAUCAUUGCGGGACUUGGUUUGCUUACUCUGGGAGGAAUGUUGUUAUCUAUUUUGUUAAUGGUGGCUAUAUGUAAAGGGGAACUGUAUCGUCGAAGGACUUUCUCCAGAAGACCCAUGAAAUCGUACGGAUCUAUUAAUAUGAGAAUGAGGCAGUUGGCUGAGGGCGACGGGCGAGAAACGCUCGUGGAAUGUGAACAGAACGCCACCGAGGACGCCGCGAACGGUAAUCGAGCUCCUCCUGGAACGCAAAACACGUAGCACAACUGAACCACAAAUGUCAAAUAGACUUGAAUUGUCUGGGGAAAUAAAAGUGCUUGCAAGGCAGCAAAUAUUUCAAAGAUCAGAUUUGGAAAUGUGUGUUUAAAAGACAUGGAAAUGUCCAUGUCUGUUUAGGUCUAAUAUUCCGGGUUCAUUAAAAGAUCAGUUAACAGCAUUUGUGGCAUAUUGCUGAUUACUUCAAAAAUUAUUAUUAUUAUUAUUAUUAUUUUGACUCGACCCACCUUUGCUUUAAAAAAAAAAAAAGUGUUCAAUUUAUGACAUAAAACCUGUAAUCCCAGUAAAUAAGAAUUUGAACAGAUUUAAACGGAUAAGAAUUAAUCUGUUUGUAUAACAUUAUAAGAUUCACACUUCUGCAUUGAAACCCUCCAAAAAUUGCCCCAUUCACUUCCAUUGUAAAUACCUUAAACUCGAUUUUUGCUUUUUAUUUUAUUAAAAUAAUGGGACGAGUCAAUAAAAAAAAAAAAAAAAAAAAACAUUAUGCCAUGAAUGCUGUUGAUUGAGAUUAACUUGUAUUGAAUUGUACUUGUAUUGUACUUUUAUUAUUCUUAUAAUUCCAUACUUGCAUACUCUAAAAAGUAAUAAAUAAAUAAAAACGUGUUUUUGCUGAUGUAGGCAUUUGAAAUCGACAUACUUUAUCUUCCGAGAAAACUAGCCAAAUAUAUUGAUGACAUCAUCUUGCACUUGUGGGCGUUCCCAACUGUUGUCCAAUAACAUUCUUGCCAGAGUGAGAAUCGGCAAUAAAACAAGGAGUCUUGAUUGGAGUCUUUACAUUUGGCUAAAACAUUUCAGCUGCAUUAAUUGCAGAAACUGUGAGACAAAACACUCAAAAAAUAUUUCAGUCAGAUUCGGCGUAAACGUUGCAAAACUGGCUGAAAUAUUUUUUAAGUAAAAUACAAAUAGAAUGUUUAAAGAAUGUCAAUACAGUGCUGCCUUGCAAGUAGGCGACUAAUGAGUUUUAACCAAGCUGAAAGAAUUUGUGAAACACAUAAUGUGACAACUGGUGCUUAAAGAGAAUUUCAAAACUCAAAAAGCCGACAGAAAGCAGGCCUUUGAAUGAAAGCACAAUGGUCAACGGUCAUAAAAGCGUAAUAUAACUCAACAUGCUGCAAAAUAAACCACCAUCAGCUACAAAACUUGAACUAAAUGUUUGUGUAAUCUACAACAUCACUUAAAGACACUAUGAGUGGAAUAUAUACAAGCUGUUAUGAUGCAAUAUGCCUUAAAACAUUAAACAUUUAAGCUUGUUUGUAUUUGUGUAAUGUUAGCGUUUUAUUUAGGACAUUGAUGUAUAUGUGGUCAUACACUUGGUCAGUGACAGAGACAUAUGAAUGCUUAACAUUUUGAACUAAAUAUCAAUUUUACAAUAUCUGAUAUAUAUAUGGUAAUUAUGUAGAUAUAGGCUGAAUGACAUUUGUGCAGUAGAAAAUAUAGGCCUACAUAUUGCCAUAUCAAUGUUCAGGUUAAACAAUACUUUGUUGUUGUUUUCUCAAUAGACAACUGACAAAACAAUUCAGAUAUAGGCCUACUUUAUGCUUUAAUAAUAUGCUCACCCCUUUUAAGACAAAGUUAUUGUAAUAGCACAUAAGUAUAGGACAUUAUGACCAGAUAUGACAUUCGUAUGUAGCCUGCAAGAAAAACAGCCAGAUUGUAAUCAAACUAAGCAGAAACAUAAGCAGACGUAUUCUUCUUCUUAAAUGUAAUAACGACUAACCUGUAAUAUUAUAUUUCUGAAUGUGAGGUAUUAGAAGAUAUGUACAUAGUCUAUUGCUCUGUGCAGUACAGCUUUAUACUGGCAACUCAUGAAACUAACACAAAUAGUAGGGGUGACAGUAAGGCACUUACAAUGGAAGUGAUGGGCCCAUUUUUGGAGGGUUUAAAGGCAAAAAUGUGAGGGUUAUCAUUUUAUAAAAGCACAAAAAAUAAUUGCUCUUUUAAAAUCUGUUUAUUAUUUGAGAUGUAAAGUUGUUUUAGUGGCAGACUACACUGUUCUAGGCGGAUUGCAGGGUUAUUCUGUCGUCAUGGCAACAAAGUUGUACAAAUAGAUGUAACUUUACACAGAAAAGGUUAUUAAGCAAAUUUGAUCACACUAAAAUCAUGUUAACACAUAUAAUGCUUGUGUCUUGUGGAUACACUUUUGAAACAGUGAGUAUUUUAAUGUUUACAGAUUGGCCCCCAUUCACUGCCAUUGUAAGUGUCUCAUUGUAAAACAGAUUUUUGCUUUUUAUAAAGAAAAGGAGGGACGAGUCGAAAUUAAUUAUUGUGGUAAAUCAAUAUUACGCUUCAAAUGCUGUCAGUUGAGCUUACGUUUUUAUUUUUAUUAUUGAAUCAGUAAUAUUCCUUUUUAAAAAAAGCAAAAAUGCAGUUACAUUACAUUGCAAGUGAAUGGGGCCAGUCCAUAAACACUUAACACAGGAUACAUUGUUUCAAAUGUAUAGCCACAAGAUGUAAACAAUAUGCUGGUUGACAUGAUUUUAGUGUGAUGAAAUUGUUUACUAACCUUAUCUGUGUACUAACCUUAACCGUAGUUGCCAUGACAACGCAACACAGGUAAACCCUAUAAGCGAUUUAAUCACACUUAAAUCAUGUAGAACAGAAAUAAACACACUAGAGUCGUGUUAACACAUGUAAUGUUUAUGACUCGUGGCUAUACUUUUGAAACAGUGUGUAUUUUAAUGUUUAUUUCCAUUCACUCCCAUUGUAAGUGCCUCACUGUAACUGCAAUUUUUAGAUAAACAAGGGACAAGUUGAAAAUAUAUUUUUGUGGCAAUCCAGAUCAUGCUACAAAUGCUGUCGACUGAGCUUAACUUGUUUAUAUCCAAAGCGACUUACAAAUGAGACACAUAGCAAGCAAUUUGUCAUACAAAGUUUAACAACAUCUGCUGUAUAGGACUGCCAAGAUCUCACAGUGGCUGGAGUAGUAACAAUGCUUGCACAGAAGAACGAGACAGACAAGGAUUUACUAGACAGGGUACACUAUUAAGAAAAGAUGACUUGAGGAUUCACUGACAAACAAUUGUCACUGUUACACUAAAAUACUGUUUGCAUCCAAUGGUUAAUGUGAGCACAUAGUAUCCAAGGUAGGUCUUUCCAAUAGCAUUAUGAAUAAAAUAUCAACUAAAUAAGUGUAUAUUUACCUUCCAGUAAAAAGUAAAUGACAUUCCAGCUUCUAAAAUUGAUUCUUUACAUAAUACAGUAUUUACAAUGACAAGUCUAAUCAUUGUUUGAACUUUACUAUAUAUUGUCCUUUUAAAAAAAAAAUGUUUGUAUGAGGUGUAUAAAGUGUGAUGCCUCCAGCAUGGAUCUAAAGACUCUAUUUAGAAUAUUAUGUCAUAAUCGAGUUUCACUUUCAAGUGUCGCUUGAUGCAUCACUAUGUGCUCUUCAAAUGCUGAAGAAAGUGUGAUGGAUUUGCUGUAGUUUUUUGAUGUCCCUUUUUUUUUUAUUGCAUUAUGAAAUUAUAGUAAAUAUAUGUCAUUUAUUAACUUUAAGAUGUUGGAUAUAGUGUGAGGUGAAAAGAGACUGGGAGAGGGGAAAUUGGUUAAUUGCUUUCUUGUCUUUAAUUGUGUAAAAUAUUGUCUUGUAAGCACAGAGGAAUUAGGGUUGAGCACACUAAGCAUUUAUCUGGAGAUUACACCAAGUCUGUACACAAACACACUGUUGGCCUUUUAACACAGUCACAUUGCUCAUGCACAAGCCACUAUAUGAAUGUUCUUCACUCAAAGUUUAAGUGGCAUCAUGAAGUGUUUCACGCUCUCAUCAUAAAAACCACAAGGGUCAAUUUAUAGACUGAAUAGGAAAGAAAAAGUCAUAUUGGCUAUUUUGGGAAUGGAAUACUAGCAUACUGUACAGUAUAUUAUGUAUUGUAGUUGUUCGGGAUAAUCAGAUGCAGCUGUUUGUCUUUUGUUACCAAAUUAACAUCAUUAUAAAAUCUGUGAAGGUAAUCAUAGCAGUGAGCUAUAUUAUUCAUACAGAGCUCAUAUUGCUGAAGUUGAACACAGUACACAAUACUAAUGUGGUCCAUAAAGACUGUUAUUUCUGUCAAUGUUUCUCGUCUCUUUUAUUCAAACUGUGCAGUAGUACCACGGUGCUUUUUGGCUCAAUCACUCUGUCUUUAACUCUAGAGAGCAGGGGUAAUUGAAUUGCAUGUGUUCAAGGUGAGUUGUGCAGUUUAAGUCUGUAACUUUUCCUAUAUGUUAAAAGCAAACGUUUCACCUUUUUUAUACUGUUUAAAUGCGUGAAAUAAAGCUUUUUCUUGUAAUGCCUGUAGAUUGAACUGACUGAUUAAUUACUGUAGUGACACCAUGGUACAGUUAUGGCAUGAGAUGGCACUUUCA